AUGGGCCAGCGGGACCGCAUCCCACCCGCGCGCUUCACCUUGCCAUGGAGCCGCUGCCAGGGCUGGGAGUUUCUCGGCUGCCGCCACGGCCUCGCCCUGCUCAUCUGCCGGGCGCGCCGCGAGGCCCUCUUGUGGGAUCCCCUCACCGGCCAUCAGUGCCGCGUAUCGUUUCCACCGAGGUUCAGCUUGGAACAAGGAAAGUUCGUUCAGAACGCCGCGGUGAUGUGCGCCGCCGCCUCUCAAGACGGGCACGGGCACGUGCAUGGUGAUUGCCGCUUCACCCCAUUCAGAUUGGCCUUGGUGGGCUGCAGUGUGGUCAGGGAUUCUAACGGCACACACAAGUUUGUUUGCCUCUACGAGUCAGAGACUGGUGUUUGGGGGAAUAUCAUGACAGUAGGGACUACACAUUCAGUUUACACUUCGAGGCCGAGUGUCCUGGUUAGAGAUGCAUUUUGCUGGCUGCUUUCUGAAGGUGCCAUCCUCGAGUUUGAUUUUCAAAGCCAGAGCAUUGCGGUGAUCCAGAAACCGGCAGACGCUAAUCCUGUAGACUACUGGUCCUUUUUCGUGGUAUGGACAGAGUCUAGUGGCCUGGGCCUUGCCGUUCUGCCGAAGUCAGAAUGCCCAAGCAAGAUCAUCCAAUUAUGGGAGAGGAAAUGUAACCUUGAUGGUGUUGUUGGGUGGGAGCUGCUGAAAACCAUUCAGCUAGAUGUGCUCUUUUCAUUAGGGUCAAAUGUGGUUAUGAUGCAGGGUUAUGAUGAGGACAGCAAUUCCAUCUUGCUAUCUACAUUUUUCGGUGACUACAUGCUCCAGCUUGAGUCCAAGAAGUUCAUAAAUCUUAUUGAAAAACAAAGAGGUUGCCUUUCUACCAGGACCUAUUAUCCAUACAGAAAUUUCUACCUUACAGGCAGCGGAGAUGGUGGAGCUGAAAUGUCAACACAGUAG